GGCUCGUGUCAGAUUUGAAUUAUUUUUUAAUUUCCUCCGAAGUUCUUUUCGUGUUGGUUUCUAAACGGUCGAGAGGGAGCUGGUUGUGCGCGGCUCUCUUUCCACGCAGUGAAUAUACUUUCUUCUGGUAAAUGACGACAGUUAAGUAAACAAAUAUACAAAACAUACAACAUUACGUGAUUUAUUGAUUUCCAGUGGUUACCUUUAAACCCAGAGAAAAUGUCCGCCUCGUCUCCCGCACAUCAGACGGCUCCUCCGCCGGUAGACUCGCCUUCGGGCUCCGGCGGGCACCGUCCUUUUGAGCCCGAACAACACGGACUGGACAGCGGCUUCAGGCUCACCUCCUUCUCCGACCUCAAGGGAUGAGGGUGCAAGGUCCCGCAGGAGACCCUGCUCAAACUCCUGCGGGUACUGGAAGCGGAUCCCUCGGCCGCCGAGUUGCAAGGUGCGGCGGGGCAGCAGCCCGGCCAGGACGGGCAAUAUCAUCUCGGUGUCUCGCAACAACAACCCACCAACAAGCUCGGGAUUGGGAUGGAUUCCUGUGUGAUCCCCUUACGGCACGGCGGCCUGUCUCUGAUUCAGACCACAGACUUCUUCUACCCCCUGGUGGAGGACCCCUACAUGAUGGGGCGCAUCGCCUGUGCCAACGUGCUGAGUGACCUGUACGCCAUGGGCAUCACAGAGUGCGACAACAUGCUGAUGCUGCUGAGUGUCAGCCAGAGAAUGAGCGACAAGGAGCGUGAGAAGGUGAUGCCGCUGAUGAUGCGUGGUUUUCGGGACGCUGCGGAGGAGGGGGGCACCUCGGUGACGGGGGGGCAGACUGUCCUGAACCCCUGGAUCAUCAUCGGGGGGGUCGCCACUGUGGUGUGCCAGGCCAGCGAGUUCAUCAUGCCGGACAGUGCAGUCCCUGGUGAUGUGCUGGUCCUCACAAAGCCUCUCGGGACUCAGGUUGCUGUCAACGCUCACCAGUGGAUGGACAUUCCGGAGAAGUGGAACAAGAUCAAGCUGGUGGUUUCGAAGGAAGAUGUGAAGCUGGCUUACCAAGAGGCGAUGUACAACAUGGCGAUGCUGAACAGGACAGCUGCUGCUCUGAUGCACACCUUCAAUGCCCACGCUGCCACUGACAUCACAGGGUUCGGAAUCCUGGGCCACGCCCAGAACCUGGCGCAGCAGCAGCGUUGCGAUGUGGCCUUCGUCAUCCACAACCUGCCCAUCAUUGCAAAGAUGGCUGCCAUCAGCAAGGCCUGCGGGAACAUGUUUGGAUUAGUGCAGGGGAGCUCGGCUGAGACAUCGGGGGGCCUGCUGGUCUGCCUGCCCCGAGAGCAGGCGGCUCGGUUUUGUGCAGAGAUCAAGUCUCCGAAGUACGGUGAGGGUCACCAGGCCUGGAUCAUCGGUAUCGUGGAGAAGGGGAACCGCAGUGCGCGCAUCAUCGACAAGCCCCGAAUCAUCGAGGUGACCCCCCGGGGGGCUGGGGUAGGGGGGCAGGAGAGCACCCCCAGCCCCGAGACAAUGGCAUAGAAACACACACGCGCGCACACAGAGCACUGAGACACUGGGAGAGGGAGAGAGACACACGUCCAGCCGUGAGACACACACACAGCCCUGAGACACUGGCAGGGAGAGGAGGGGGAAAGACGCACACACACACACACACACAGACUGAUACACAACCCAGACUCCAGUUUUGUCGGCUGCCUUGCAGUGAGAAUGCAGACUGUACUCUCCUUCGGACUGCCCUCUUCUGUCUGUCUUUCUUUUUCGAUGACGUGUAUAAUUUCUUGAUCAGUUUUUCAGCCCCUCUUUUUUCCACCCUGUUCAGCCUUUAGGGUUGAGAGCAACAGACCAAAAAUUCUUCCUCUUUCUCUGUGGGAGGGAAGAUGAGGGGAGAGGAGCGACACCCUCCGCUGCGACACGCAGAAUUUAAACAGAAGCUCUAACUAUCAAACACUAACCCACAUUGCUGCUUUAGAAACGCAUUGAAAGAAACAUAAUCCAUUCAAUAGCUUAACAUUUACACUAGGAGUCUCUCUCAUUGUCGGGAAAAGUUUGCCAUUAAAUUUCUGAAGUUUCUUGUAGUGUUUCUGUUGAAGACACUGAGAGACUUCCAGUGGAAACGCUUACCAUUGAAUUGAUGAAGUUUCUUGUAGUGUUUCUAUUUGACACAGAGAGAGAGAGUGCCGAUGGAACAGAAGGGGUUGCCAAGGGUUGCCGAGCCACGCUGUCGACGCUGAAUCACUGGGGUCCUUUUCAGACCCGACUUGACAAAGUUCUGAGAUCUAUCAGCUGCUCUGAACCGGACGAGCUCCGAGGAGCUGAACGGAACCGGACGAGCUCCGAGGAGCUGAACGGACUCCUCUCUCUGGGCUGUGUCUCCCAUCACAUUGCCUGUAGACUGCAGCGUCUUUCUGAAUGUGAAUCAAAGUCUUUUGAGUUGACUUGAAUUUUAUUAGAUUGAAUUUAGUGAAAGAAGUUGGAGAUUGAGACAGAGCUGUGUGCAUGUAAAAUAUAUUGUCAGUGCCUUAACAUGUACCCCUGACCCUACACUGUUCAUAACUACCUACCUACCCUUAACAAGAAGUGUGCCUCGCUGGUCCCCCCAGGGUGUGCACCGUCUCCAUCCCUUACUAUUAUUGGACCUGUACAGUUACAUAUUUCCAAUAAUGGCCUGUGUUUUGAUUGUGAAGAGUUUGGGAGCAGGUUGAUAUUUGGCUCGUUUGAGGUGGAAGGUGGGGGGGGGGGGAGAGUUUAAGGGCGUUUGAAACUGUCUGUCUUAUUGAAUCUGUAAUCUGUGUCUAAACCUGAAGUUGCCUUGACUUAAUGCCUUUAAGCUUCAGAAUACGGCCCCCAUUUUGGAUCCCGGGUAGCCGGCUAUAGAGUGAGAAAGUGUGGAAACUGACGAGCCAAGAUGGCGGCUGUUACUGUUGUAAAAAUGGACUGGUGAGACCGCCAUAGAAUAGACGAAGGCGUUGAGGGAAAGUCGUGUAUUAAAAAAAAAAAAAAAAAAAGUCAGUUAUAAUUCGAUUUAUCCAAACACCUCCUGUCAAAAUUAGCUCGAAGAGAAGUUUUACUGUACUUUUUGUUUUCAGAAUUAUUAUUAUUAUUAUUUUUUUCUAGCCCUGGUUUUCUGUGGUUCAUAUUUCCAGAUAGAAUCAAAGCAUUGGUGUAUAACGUUUUAUACUGGUUUAUAGUGGUCACACUGCUUAGUUUUAAAGGCUGUUCUGUGUUAUUGUGUAUCUUCAGAAACCAGUCUGUACCUAUGUUUCCCAGUUUCUUUCUCUUACUGGUCACCAGUUCACCACCUGUCUGUGUUACUUUUUUAUUAGCUGUGAAACUAAACAAAUCAAUUGAACAGGGUUACUGCAUCAGCAAAUAAAAUCAUGCCAAGAUUCAUUCUUCUUCACUAGUUAGUGGAGAGUCUUUGAUUUGAUUUAUUUUUGUUAACUGUGUCUGACAGAUCAUUUCCAAAUUUAAUAAUAAUAAUUGGGUAAUGUAAGCUUUUGAAGUAAGGGUCACAAAUUUUUUUCAGGGUUUAUUUUAACCGGUGUCCAAAAUUCUAUUGUACAAAUGUACUCUUUAGAGCAGGGGUGCUCAGUCCUGGUCCUGGGGGGCCGGUGUCCUGGUUUUUGUUCCAACUGUACAUCAAAUUGCUUAAUUGAACCAAUUAAGCUUCUAAGAAGUGCUUGACUGGUCCAAUUAACUAAAUAGGGGACAGUUGGAACAAAAGCCAGGAGGACACUGGUCCUCCAGGACCAGGAUUGGACACCCCUGCUUUAGAGGCACGACUUUGUUUUGUUUGAAAUGUUCGUUUUCAAGCGCUUUCUGAGCGUUGGAUCUGCACUCUGAGAAGUCGCUGCUAUUCGGAUUUCCAGUGUUAAAGGAGUCCUGUCCGUUAUGCCAUUGCAAAUUGGGAGCAAAUCAUUGUGGUACGUACUUUGUAACAACCCAAUCCAUCCCUAUUCUUUACAGAUCUUUUUUGCUGUUAUCGUUGUGCUGCUGAAUGAUCGAUUUUAGUUAAGGUGAAGAGAUUAUACAUUUUCCUAAAUGAGCUUUAUUUUCCUUUGUGAUUUAAAAAUGAAAUCUAAUUUAUAUUUAAAAAAAAAAAAAAAAAAAAAAAACUGCUUUCAUAAACUUUUUUUUUAAACCUUUGCUGGUUUUUGGACAAGAAUUGAGCAGCUUGUCCCAAAACCACAAGGAAUCUGUGAAACCGAGGCUUCUGAUUGGCUAAUCCGCCUGUCCAGUGCUCUCACCGCUGCCAAUGACGCUCCUCCCUCAAAACCCUGACGCCAGGGGUGGGUGGGGCUGAAACGACCCCAGGGGGUGGGGUGCUGGCUGAGCUGAGCCAAUCAGAAGCCUCCCAUUGCUUGUAACCACCAAAAACCAUGUUCAGAAUAAAAACAAAUUAUUAGUGUCUUUUAAAUAAA